CUGGUACUUCCGGGAACCAGCUUAUCGCGGCCAGCUUUGGGUUCAAGUUACAGCUCCAGGCUGCCGCCGAGCUGUUUUUAUGACAGCCGGGCAGAAGCUCCUCCGGUCACCGUGAUAGCAGGCCUCUAUUCCGGCUUGUUGGACCCCAGAGAGGGGCAGAGGAAAUGACUUUUCUGCGGAGCUUUUAGAGAGUUUUCCUUCUGCCCUCCUGAAGUGAACCGUUGACUUGUCACCAUGAGAAGUCGGAGCAACUCGGGCGUUAAAUUGGACAACUAUGCCCGGAUAGUGCAGCAGACUAUCCUGCGGCACCAAGAUCCGGUCACAGGCCUUCUCCCGGGAAGCCCAGAUCAUCCUGACGCCUGGGUCCGUGACAAUGUUUACAGCAUCGUGUCCGUGUGGGCGCUCAGUCUGGCCUACAGGAAGAACGCCGACCGGGACGAAGACAAAGCGAAGGCCUACGAGCUGGAGCAGAGUGUGGUGAAGCUAAUGAGAGGCGUCCUGCAGUGCAUAAUGAGGCAGCUGGAUAAGGUGGAGAAGUUUAAAUACAGCCGGAGUACCUCAGACUCGCUCCACGCAAAGUACAACACCAAGACCUGCGCGACGGUGGUCGGGGACGAUCAGUGGGGUCACCUGCAGGUCGACGCCACCUCGCUCUUCCUGCUGUUCCUCGCUCAGAUGACUGCGUCCGGUCUUCAUAUCAUCUACACCCAGGACGAAGUGGACGUAGUUCAGAAUCUCAUGUUCUACAUUGAGGCGGCUUACAAAGUGGCCGAUUAUGGGAUGUGGGAAAGAGGAGACAAAACCAACCAGGGCAUCACCGAGCUGAACGCCAGCUCUAUCGGCAUGGCCAAGGCAGCUCUGGAGGCGCUGGAUGAACUCAACCUGUUUGGAGCAAAGGGAGGACCGGGCUCUUUGGUCCACGCUCUGGCUGAUGACAUACAGCACUGCCAGUCCAUCCUGACAUCCAUGUUACCCAGAGCGUCCAUCUCUAAAGAAGUGGAUGCCGGAGUGCUGGCCAUCAUCUCGUACCCCGCCUUUGCCGUUGAGGACAUAAGUAUAGUCAACGCGACCAAGGAGGAGAUCAUCUCCAAACUGCAGGGUCGAUACGGCUGCUGCAGGUUUCUCAGAGAUGGACACAGAACCCCCAAAGAGGAUCCAAACAGACUGUAUUACGAGUCCGCAGAGCUGAAGCUGUUUGAGAACAUCGAGUGCGAGUGGCCUCUGUUCUGGACCUACCUCAUACUGGAUGGCAUCUUUAUCAACAGCCCUGAACAGGUGCAGGAGUACCAGGAGGCUCUGGAGGGAAUCCUGAUCAAACAGAAGGACGGGAUACGACUGCUGCCGGAGCUCUACAGCGUCCCCGCAGACAAGGUGGAGGAGGAGUACAUGAACCCUCACACCGUGGAGAGGAUCCCGAUGGGAAAAUUACCCCUGAGGUGGGGACAGAGUCUGUACAUCCUGGGAAACCUGUUAGCUGAGGGUUUUCUGGCGCCUGGAGAAAUUGACCCUCUUAACCGGCGUUUCUCCACCAUCCCCAAGCCUGACGUGGUCGUACAGGUGUCGAUUCUGGCCGAGACGGAGGAGAUCAAAGAGCUGCUGUUUAAGCAAGGGAUAGAGGUGGAGACCGUGGCGGACAUCCACCCCAUCCAUGUGCAGCCCUCCAGAGUCCUCAGCCAUAUCUACGCCAGACUCGGUCGUAACCCGAGGCUGGGUCUGACAGGACGCCCCUACAGGAGGAUAGGAGUGCUGGGAACCUCCAAGUUCUACAUCAUCAGGAACACCAUGUUCACAUUCACACCUCAGUUCAUUGACCAUCAGCAGUUCUAUUUGGCUCUGGAUAAUAAAAUGAUCGUGGAGAUGCUGAGGACAGAAAUCGCCUACCUCUCAUGCAGAUGGAGGAUGACAGGAAGACCGACGGUCACUUUUCCCGUUUCACAGACGAUGCUGACUGAAGAUCAUUCAAACCUGGACCCUGCAGUUCUGGCAACACUCAAGAAAUUACAGGAUGGGUAUUACGGAGGAGCAAGGAUCCAGACGGGGAAGCUGUCGGAGUUCCUGACCACUUCUUGCUGUGCUCACCUCAGCUUCCUGGACGGUAAGGCUUCUGGCAGCAUGGGUCGCCACGACGAAGAGUAUGAUGGUGAUGAUGAUGAGCGUUACGGCGAUGGAUACGUGCAUGAGUUGCAUUAUGAUGCUGAGGAUGACGACCUCGCGCAGUACCUUGACCACCUGUUGGCCCACUCUGCCCCCAAGAAGCCCAAGCGUCCAAUGGGAGGUCUCAGCAGGUUCAAGGCUGCGGCCACCAAAACCAAAGAGAUGGUGACUCUGAUGAACAAAGCUCAGGACCUCAACAUACAAAAUGUCAACAUGUACCUGCCGAGCAAAUUGUUUCGUUCUCCUCAGCCAAUGCUCAACCUGAAUCUUCCAGACUCCCCUGCAUCACCAGACGCCCAGGGUCCUGAGGCGGGGGUCACAACGCAGAGCGGCAUUCCCAGAGACGCCAGCGGAGCCAUCGACUACAACGCUUUGGCCCAGCUGCUGAAAGACACGCAGUCUCUGCAGGACCAGGCCGAUAUACUUUACAUCCUCUACAAAGACAAGGGUAUGGACUGGGACACGGGCGUGCACGGUAAAGGCUCCACUGUGAGGUCUCUGCUGACCGAUCUUUAUGAGAAGGCAGGUGAACUGAAACACUGGGGUCUCAUCAGGAUGAUCUCCGGCAUGCUGAGGAAGAAGGUGGAGGAGCUCGACUCGGCCUGCUCUGAUUUGCUGGCCCACCAGAAGCACCUGACGAUCGGACUCCCUCCUGAGCCGAGAGAGAAAACCAUCACGGCUCCGAUACCGCCGGACCAGCUGGCGAAUCUCAUCGACGAGGCCAGCGAAAACAACAUCAGCGUUGCCAUUCUCACACAGGAAAUCGUGGUGUACCUGGCUAUGAGCAUCAGGACUCAGCCCAGUCUGUUCAGCGAGAUGUUCAGGCUGAGAAUCGGUCUCAUCAUCCAGGUGAUGGCCACCGAGCUGGCUCAGUCACUCGGCUGCUCAGGAGAGGAGGCCACAGAGACCCUGAUGAGUCUGAGUCCGUCUGAACUGAAGAACCUGCUCCAUCACAUACUCAGCGGGAAGGAGUUCGGAGUGGAGCGCAGUGUUCGGGAGAUGGAUGCUGGCAUCAGUCCUGCCAUCUCCAUCCAUCAUCUCGGGAAUGUGGGAGCCACUAAAAGCGAGAGAGCCGGCAUCAGCAAACUGAAGAGCGACAUGAAAAUGCUGGAGCAAAGGUUGUCUUUGACGGAUCCGAGCAAGGUGGAUCGCAGGUUAUCCAUGAUGGACACACUUAAGGAACCCGGGCUGUCUUUGACAGACCCAGUUGAGGAGACAGACCGCAGGGUGUCUUUGACCGACUCAGUUAAGCUCGACCACUCUGUGACGUCCACCCUGAAGGGCAUGCAGUCACCGGACGUAGAAAGCAUCGAGUCUGGGAGGUUCCGGCUGCCGUCCAUGGAAUCCUUCGACAUCCCGGACAAGAUUCCGGUUGUUAAGGAUACCAGACACGGUCAGUGGCUGCGUAGGAGGCGUCUGGACGGGGCGCUGAACCGAGUGCCCGUCGGCUUUUACCAGAAAGUCUGGAAGAUCCUGCAGAAGUGCCACGGUCUGUCCAUAGAGGGCUUUGUUCUUCCAUCUUCAACCACCAGAGAGAUGACCCCAGGGGAGAUAAAGUUCUCCGUCCAUGUGGAGACCGUUCUGAACAGAGUCCCUCAGCCUGAGUACCGACAGCUGCUGGUGGAGGCCAUCUUGGUCCUCACCAUGCUGGCCGACGUGGACAUCCAGAGCAUCGGCUCUAUAAUCCACGUGGAGAAGAUCGUCCACCUGGCCAACGACAUGUUCGACAAGGACCAGAGGGACCUUGGAGCAGAGGAGCACAUCCUGGAGAGGGAACCGUCCACAGGAAUAUGCAGGCUGCUGUAUGACAGCGCCCCCAGCGGCCGCUUCGGGAGCAUGACCUACCUCACAAAGGCUGUGGCGGUGUACGUGCAGGACUUCCUGCCCAGCGGCUCGUGUGCCGUACAGUGAGAAGACGAGAUGGUGCAACAGUUAGUUGGUUUUUUUUUUGUUGUUGUUGUUGUUUUUUUACUACAUAAACUAACAUAACAGCCUCGCUUCAUGUUGUCACCACGUCUGUGUUAAUGCAGAUGAUAGAUCAGCUGGUGCAUUUUUAAGUUUUACGUGAAGAGUCGUCCUCUUCAACCAUUGCUCGUACCGAAGCAACAGAAUGCCGCACAAACUGUAGCAGCCACAUUAGCUAGCCUCGUCUGCUUCUCUUUUCAGGGUGGUGACUUCCUGUGUUUCUUUUACUCUCAAUAAUCACCAGCAGUUUCCUACUUUCUGCCAGUCUGGCAGUGCGUUCAAAUGCCACGUGUUACUCACCUGAAAAAAGCUGUGAUGGAAAUCCACAGAUGUUCACUGCUAAUGGCAAACGUUAGGAGGAGGAAGAGUAAAAGUGAAAUUUGGAAUCAGCAAUUUUGAUUAACCCCUUGCCAGAGCUGAAGUAUUUUAACUAGUAUGAGUUCGCAUCAUCCACUGGUUCAAAAUUGGAUUGCUUUGUCUUGUUUCAUAAACCGUACUUAAACUUUCAGUGUUAAUGCAAAAUAAAAAUUGGUCAGAUAUUUAAAUAAAUUUCCUAAAACAUCAUAGGACAGUAGUUAUUUACAAAUGUUACUAAAACUGUGGUAAAUAAUGCAUCUUGUUGUUGGGAGCUAUUUUCAGCUGCGGAUUAAUGCACAUUUGGUUUUCCAGGGGUAGCCCUAGUAAGCUACCCACUGCCUUCUGAUGCACACCCAGUCAUUUUGUUCUGAAGACAGGCCUGAAAUAUGACAAACAGUUCAGACAAGAGAAACGAGGGUUAUCCAUAGUAGUUCUCAAAGGGGGAACGAGUUAAAGCAGUUAAUUUGCAGUUAUUUCCAUCCCCUGCUCAUUUUUUUUCAUGUAUUUAUGGGAAAAAUGAGCCAAAUAUGCUAAUUCACUCUGGGGAAAUGAAUGUAAAUGUAUCCCAGCUAUAAUCAACAUGGCCAGAAAAUACAGUUUUCCCUUUUUUUUUUUUCUUUUCUUUUCUUGCGCUCAUCACUACCUUAAACAUUUUCACCUCCAACCACUGUUACCUGUGUGACUUAAACAUGAAGUUCGUAAAAUUCAAAUUAAUCUUCUAACACUUCCUAAUUUAUUACCUCACCUGGUCGCUCAACCACUAAGACUCACCCGACUUCGUAUACCUCCAGUCCUGUGUGCUUGUACGGUGUAUUACAAAUGGAAAGCAAACAAAAAAACUAGUAUUUAUUUUUUUAGGUCUAAACUGUUAAUUAAAGUCAGCUCCUGUAGGCAGGUGUCUUAAACAGGCCAUGAUGCCUUAACAUGGUUGUACUUUGAGUCUAGAAGUUUGCGUAACUUAAACUUCAGGAGUGCUGUUUUAUUUAAAGCUAUAAAUGAAUUGAAUUAAUUUUUCAGAAUGUUUUCUUCAGCAUGUAGUGUAUUAAUGCUUUUCUUUACCUUAAUCUUCUCCUCUGAUUGCUGAAACUGUAAUUUUGUUUCUGUUUUUAGAUUAAUUGCAGAUAAACUUGAACACAUUUUGUCUGUUGGCUCUUCGAUAGUUCACUGUUUAUGAUAUUGAUGGCAAAUCUGGAAUAAAUUAUUAAGGUUAUUCAAGAACAUACCUGAUUGUGCCUCCUGUUUAAAUGUCCAGUAAUCAGCUGACGUCAGUUAUUUUGUGGCGUUCCAGCACACUCCACGUGAACUACAGCUGAUCGCAUCAGAACGAGUGUCGAUGAGCAAGCCAGUGGUUGACUGUUUUUAGUUUUUGAAACUAAUUCUGUAAUAAAAUAAUCAAAAUCA